GUUCAGUGAAAUCUGAUCAUAGCAGUGAGUUGAGGAGAACAUGAUAUUCGAACACACCAACAAGAGAUGGAAAUUCCUGUCGGAGGAGAAUCUUCCACAAGCUCUUCUACUUCUGAUUCAACUCCAGAAUGGAAAUAUGACGUUUUCUUGAGUUUUGCAGGAAAAGACACGCGUUUGAAGUUUACUGGUCACUUGUAUGAUGCUUUUAACAGAAGUGGGAUAAAUACUUUUAGGGACGAUGUAGAUCUUGAGAGAGGGGGAGUUAUAAAAGAUGAUCUCUUUCAGGCAAUUGAAGAUUCUCUUUGUUCAGUUCUUUUAUCUCUGAAAAUUAUGCAAAUUCAACGUGGUGCUUGGAUGAACUCCAGAAGAUUCUGGAAUCCAAAAAGAAAUUUGGUCGACAUGUUUUUUCCCAUCUUCUAUGAUGUUGAUCCAGCCGAUGUAAGAAAACAACAAAACAGUUUUGGAAAAGCCUUGGCUGAACAUGAAAAGGAAUUUGGAAAAGAUUCAGAGAAAGUGCGAAAUUGGAAAAUGUUUUAUUUGAAAUUGGCAGCUUGGCUGGCUGGGACACCAGGAGCAAGCAUGAAGCAGAUCUUAUAACAAUAUAGUUGAAGUGGUAUGGAUUUAUUUAUGUUCCAAGUCACCAUCUUUUGAUAAUAAUCUAAUUGGAAUUGAUUCAAAAAUUGGUGAUAUGAUGCCAUAUUUGGAGAUUGGGUUGGAUGAGGUUCUUUUUGUUGGAAUAUGGGGCAUUGGUGGUGUUGGUAAAACAACUCUUGCAAGAGCUAUUUUUGAAAAAAUCUCUCAAAAUUUGGAAUGCAUUGCUUUAUUAACAAUGUGAAAGAAAUUUCAAAAACAAGAGAAGGCCAAAUUUCUUUGCAGAAAAAGCUUCUUUCUGACCUCAAAAUAAAAAACUUGGAAAUUUAUGAUGUGAGUGAUGGAAAGAACAAAAUACGCGACCGAGCUCGCAAUAUAAAGCUUCUUCUCAUCCUUGAUGAUGUAGAUGAUGUGAGUCAACUAGUGAAUUGGCUGAAAGUCCAAUGUGGUUUGGUAAAGGAAGUAGAAUAAUUAUAACAACAAGAGAUCGCCACUUGCUCACCUCCUCUAGAGUGCAAAGAAUAUAUGAGAUGAAAACCAUGAAAGAAGAUGAAUCUCUUCAACUCUUUUCUAACAAAGCAUUCGACAAAAAUCACCCUGAAGAUGAUUAUUUGGAGCUGUCAAAAUUUGUGGUUGAAUACACAGGAGGUCUUCCCUUGGCACUUGAUAUUUUGGGUACUUUUCUUUAUAGAAGAAGUAUGGCCGAGUGGACAGAUGCUUUGGAUAGGUUGAAGCAAAAUCCAGAUGAUAAAAUUCUUCAGGUGCUUGAAAUAAGUUAUGAUGGGUUAAAUGAGGAAGAAAAGACAGUAUUUCUAGAUAUUGCUUGUUUUUUCAGAGGAUGGAAGAAAGAUGAAGUAACCCAAAUUUUGGAAAGUUGUGAUCUUCACCCAACAAUAGGAAUAAAAGUUUUGAUUGAAAAAACUUUACUUGUUGAAAUGGAAGAUCAUCUUGGAGGCUGCAUUUUAGAGAUGCAUGAUUUACUUCAACAAUUGGGUAGGCAUAUUAUUGGUCGAGAAUCUAACAAUGUUCACGAGCGUAGCAGGUUGUGGUUGUCAGAGGACAUCGAGCAAGUAUUGAAAAGUAACACAAGUAAGUGCCUUGUUUCUAAAUAUCUAAAUUUUGUAGGAAUAAAUAUAAUGCUUUUUAAAUGGUUUACUUGCUUAUAGUUUCAUGUUAUUUUCCUGGUAAUUGACAAAUAUUUUUAUUAGGGAUCACAAGAAAUAAAAGCUAUUGUUCCGGUUGGAACUCAAUAUCCAGUUGAAGUACAUAAAGAAGCCUUUUCAAGUAUGAGUAAUAUUAGAUUACUCAUAAUAAGGGGAGGUAUUUUCGUGGUAGUCUCAGGUGCCUUCCUAGUUCAUUAAAAUUUCUUGGGUGGAACCAUUUUCCUUUAGAAGAUCUCCCGCUUGAAACUCCAUCAUUGGAUAAACUAGUUGCUAUUAAAAUGACUCAUAGCAAAAUAAAGCGACUUUGGAAUGGAGUACUGUCUAUGAAAAAGUUGAAGCAUAUUGAUCUAUCCCAUUCUCGUGAUUUGAAUGAAACACCAGACUUCUCAGGAGCUCCAAAUUUAGAAUAUUUAAUCCUUGUUAGGUGCUCAUCCCUUGUAAGGGUUCAUCCCUCACUUGGAGAGUUAAAAAAGCUUGUUCGUGUGAACUUGAGUGAUUGCUAUCGUCUACAAUAUCUACCAAGAAAGCUGAAAGCAGAAUCUUUGAUAGAGUUAAAUCUUAGUUGGUGCUUUGAAGUUGCAGUGCUCCCAGAGUUUGGGAAAGGAAUGAAAAGUUUAUCCUUGCUUGAUGCAAGCAGUGCUUCUGUAACUAGACUUCCUGAAUCAUUUAGACACCUAACUGGUCUUAAAGAGUUGAAUUUGAGUCAUUGCAACUUUCGUGAUGAAUCAAUCUUUGAUCAUUUUGGAAAUUUAUCAUCACUAGUUAUAUUGGAUUUAGGAGGAAACAGUGCUUUUGUUUAAUUUACCAGCAGGUUGCUUCUCUAGUCUUUGUCGACUUCUCUAUCUUUUUCUGGAUAAUUGCAGCAGGCUUAAGUCACUACCUAAGCUUCCACCCCGGCUAAUUCGAUUGGAUGCUAUGCUUUGUGAUUCAAUGGAAUCUGUAACUGAUGAUCAAUUAUGGAAUUGGUUGCAUCACUUGACCAUAAGUAUCGUAGUCGAGCUAAAUAUGAGAGUUCAUUGCUCAAUAAAAUUGAGUCAGAACAUCUUCCUCAAAGAGAUUUUUUUGCAAUUUUUCCCGGAUGUGACAUCCCAUCAUGGUUUCCAAAUAAAGAGCAUAUCAUUACUAGCGCUAAAUCUUAUGAUGAUGAUCCUUCGGAUGAAUGUGUAAUAAAGGUGGACAUACCUCAAAAUUUUAAUGCAAGUGAAUGGUCAGGAAUUGUUGUAUGCCUCAGUGUAUCAAGAUAUGACUAUUAUAAGAUAUAUGAAGAUGGGGUUAGAGAAAGUUUUGGUGAUGAGACGUGCUGGAUUUCGUGGAGUAGUAAAGCUCUUGAAGAUGAUGAUUAUAUUUACAAAGGAUGGGAUCAUUGUUUCCAAGUAAUUUACCAUCCUGACAAAGAAGAUUUAUACGAGCGUGGUCAUGGAUUCUAUUCGGAUGGUACUGAAGUGGUUGGAUACCUCUGUGUAAUGGUGUUAGAAUUAAAUGAAAAAACAUGUUGGCAACAUCUAAGAGCUCAUAACAAUUCAAUUCUAAUUAAAAUUAGACUUCAUAGGCCAUACUUUGGUUGGGAUUUCUGCAUGUCAGGAUGUGGAUGGAGGGUGUUAUGUAAAGAAGACAUAGAACAGUGGUGCAACACCACCCAUGAUUCCAACAAAUUAACUGAAGAAGUUGCAGAGGUUAACACUUCUCAGAUCUUCCUUCCUAACUAUGUCUUGUCAAGAACAAUAGAGGUACGUGGGUCAAGUUAAGCCAAGGCAAGACACAAAAAGUGAAGAAUAUGUAAUAAUUACCUCUCUUCUUCAUCUCUUCUAGUACAGUCCUGUUUAUCAUUUCCUUCUACUUUCACUCUGACCUUCAAAAAACAUUCAUUUAACAAGUUUUAAUUUCAUAUUAUUGGGACCAUUCACAGGCGAUUUGUAGAGCAAAUACAUCCAUUAUUGAAGAUAUCAAGUCAAUGUUCCUCCAUAGAAUGCAAUCCCAUGGUUUGGUAAUCUUGGAACAACCUAUAUUUGCACAUUCAUUUCUUCCUUUUCUUCUAUUCGUUUUUAUCAUUCCGAAGUAAUUAUUAAGGGGGAACUAUACCAUAUUUAAAUUUAAAUGAGAAAAAAAAUCUUAAAAUAAAAAAUUUCACCGCUCUUUA